AUGGAUUAUGUCUGGAAUAUCUCAGUAUCAAGAGACUUCCAUCUCCUAGCAUUUUCCAGUUCUGAAGAACAUCAUCAUAUUAUUUUUAUUGGGCUGUUACUAAUGUAUCUACUGGCUAUGCUUGGAAACUUGCUGAUUAUUGUGCUCGUGAGUCUGGUAUCCCAACUGCAAACUCCAAUGUACUUCUUUCUGUGCAACCUGGCAGCCCAGGACAUUAUCUCUGUCUCUGCCAUCCUACCCAAACUAAUGACCAUCACCUUUUUAGGGGAAAAGAGCAUUUCUUUUUAUGGCUGCAUAACACAACUAUUUCUUUACAUAACUUGCACUGAUGGUGAUUUUAUCCUGUUGGCCAUCAUGGCUUAUGACCGAUAUGUGGCUAUUUGUAUCCCUCUGCGUUAUCAUCUGAUUAUGAGACCCAGGUUCUGCAUCCUAUUGGUGACAACAUCUUGGGUGUUCUGUGCCACCACUGCAAUGCGCUAUGCUUUGCUUAUAUCGCAUUUGUCAUUUUGCAGGCUUAUUAAAAUAAAUCAUAUAUUUUGUGAAAUCAUAUCCUUGGUGGAGCUUUCCUGCAGUGAUACAACCCUCAUAAAAGCAUUAAUUACAGCUGAUGUACCAUUAAUUGGGAUUUUUCCAUUUGUAUUGAUCCUAACAUCCUAUGUAUACAUCGUAUAUUCUAUCCUGAAAAUGAGAACCUCAGCUGCAAGGGUCAAGACUUUCUCUAGCUGUUCUUCACAUAUCAUAAUUGUGUUACUGUACGGUGGUUCAGGCAUUAUCUUGUACAUGAAACCAGUCUCACAAAACUCUCGAGAAGCAGACAAGAUGUUUUUCCUUAUUUACUUGGGUUUUAUUCCAAUGUUAAACCCAUUGGUGUACAGCCUAAGAAACAGACAGGUUCAGGAUGCUUCAAAAACAAUAUUUACCAAAUGUCUGUUAAAUUAUCUGUGUAAUUAUUGGUUACCAAAGGUUGCUUAA